CUCCAAUCUGACCACUUUCUUUCGCUCUACCUCUCUCUCUCUCUCUCUCUGUGUGUGUGUCUAUCGUACACUACGCACACUAAACCCACCCUUUUUAUCUCUCUCGCUCACUCUCUCAGCCUUCUUUACCCCCUCAACAACAAGAAAAAGAAAUCUCAUUAUACAACACACUCCAGCAAACAACAAUGGCGCAAGACGAGAGGAUCGCCUACUACGCAACGCUUUGUGAACAGCUUUACAACCCAAAGUCAUCUGCUGAGCGUGACCAGGUCCAAAAGAUGCUCGAAUACAGCUUCCCCACAUUUGCCGGCGAAGCAGGAAGUGGCAUUGCUGCACCACAGCAACAGCCGCCUCCACCGGGCUUGGAGAACGCUCCCACGUUUGCCAUUGUCACGCCUACCGACACGGCAUCCGCCCUACGUGUCCUUUUAGAAAAUUCACCCAAUCCUCUUGUCCAGACAUUCUGUCUUUCUCGUCUCAAGCAGCUCAUCCUUGCUCAGUUUACCAUAUUCGAAAGCGGCACAAAACUCCAGCUUCGUACGUUUCUAUUGGAGUAUUGCUUUAUGCAUCCCGAUCUCCAACCAUUUGUGAUUGCGCAGCUGGCUGGCGUGUUGGCUUCACUGACGCGGUUAGGGUGGGCGGACAUGGUGGAGUAUCGCAACAUCCACAAGGAUAUCCAACAAUUCUUGCAGGCAACCAUGGAUCAUCGGAUUGUCGGCCUACAAAUGCUUGCUGUUCUUAUCCAGGAUAUUCAAACCUCGGGCACAAACACGCCAGUCAGAUCAGCACAGUUCAGAAAGGCUGCUGCGGCGUUUCGCGAUUCGCAACUCUUUGACAUCUUUGAAACAUCCUUUGAGACGCUCUCUGGAUUAUUACAGCGAAAUAUACCAUUCGAUAAACCUGGACAAGAAGAGCGACUAAAGGAUGCAGUGAUUGGUGUGCUUCUCAAAUGUCUAUCCUAUGACUUUGCCGGUACAAAUCUGGACGAUGCUGGCGAAGACUUUGGCGUAGUGCAGAUUCCUGCUUCUUGGCGCUCAGUAUUUGAAGAUGAGAAUUUUGUACCCACUCUGUUCAAUGCGUAUCGAGAAUUACAGCCACCGCUAUCAUCAAAGGUGAUGGAAUGCUUAGUGUUGGUAGCAUCCGUUCGAAAAGCAUUAUUCAGUGGUGACGCGGAACGAUCCAAGUUUGUGCUGAGCAUCAUGCAGGGUGUGCGCGACAUUAUCUUUACGGGCCAGGGGAUGAAUGAUACUAGCAAUUACAACGAGUUCUGUCGUCUGUUGUACAGAUUCCGAGCAACAGCACCAUUGAAUGAGAUGGCUGAAAAACCAGGCUAUGUCGACUGGAUCUCUCUUAUAGCCGACUUUUCGAUCAAAGCAGUACAAUCAUGGAAGUGGGCUCCGGAAACAACACAUUAUUUACUCGCAUUCUGGUCUCGAAUCCUCCAAAGCAUGACGCAUUACCAGCAGCUCAAUGACGUGCUGGUCCAAAAGAUCAAAAGCAUCACUGUAGAGCUGUCACGUACUUAUAUUACCACAAAUGUUGAGUCGGUACCAACACGGAUGGAAGAGAUGCUGGAUGAUCCGUUGGAGAGCGAAGAGGCACUGGUAGAAACAUUGGUGAUGCUCGGUCAGAUUGCCCGUUGCAAGUAUGAAGAAUCAAGUACGGCGCUGGUUGCGAUCUUUGAUCCCAUUGCAGUGCAAUAUCAGGAACUUAUUACACAAGCAAGAUCAGGCAUGGCAGGCGGGGAUUCGUUUAAAGAAGCACUCGAAGUGAUUGAGACCAAGUUUGCGUGGCUAGUAUACAUAUCUGCUGCUUUUAUCGGCACUCGUCCGGCUUUCCUAAGCUCAGAAGAACUGGAUGCGAUCGACGGACAACUGACUACAAAGGUGCUUCAACUCAUGGAUGUAAACCAAGCCUUACAGAAUCAGCAUGGAAGUGCUUUCUUGAACCAAAAACUGGAUAUGGCCUUUGUUUACUUUUUCAUGCAGUUCCGAAAAGCGUACAUUGGCGAGACGAACGGCAAAUCGGUAUAUACCAAACUAGCGGAACUGUUUGGAAUCAGCGAUCAAAUCUUGAUGCUUGAUGUCAUCAUGCGAAAAAUUGUAAGCAACCUGCAAUGCUGGGGACAUAGCGAGGUUGUAAUAAGGAGAACAUUAGAGCUGUUUAAUGAGCUUGCAACCGGGUACAGUGCAGUAAAGAACCUGCGCAAAAUUGAAACCACGCGGCUGAUUAUGCAGAACCACAUGUCGAGCGAAUUUGCAUUUUUCGAAAGUUCCAAGCACCAGCAGAACCGGAUGCUGUACUACCAAGUGCUCUGCAAGGUGCUGUUCAGCGAAGACAACAACGAGCGGGAGUUCCAUGCGUUCAUGAAACCAUUUGAGCUGCGACUGCAGCCGAUCGAGACGUUGGACAGUGUGGAGGCGUUCCGGCAAGAGCCGGUCCGGCGGGCGCUUUCAGACAUAUUCCGUGAUCUGCGCGGCUUCAUCCAGCCUAUCCAGAACCGCCGACACUAUCUCAUGUUCUUUGACUGGUUCUAUCCUGACUACAUGCCGAUCCUGCUGCGCGCCCUCGAGGCUUGGUCGCCUGACCCGUCAGCCAACACGCUGCUCAAGUUCUUUGCCGACUUUUGCUUCAACCGCAGUCAGCGCCUCAACUUUCCGAUCUCGUCGCCCAACAGCAUCCUUGUCUUCCGCGACACAAGCCGAGUGAUUUCCACGUAUGGUAGACAUAUUUCUGAGCGGCAGGUGACGAAUGAAAGUGACAAAUACCCAUUCAAAUACAAGGGCAUAUCCAUCUGCUUCAACAUCCUGUCGCGAUGUCUCGGCGGGCGAUACAUCAACUUUGGCGUGUUUUGGCUAUAUCAAGAUAAAGCGAUCGACGAAGCGUUCCACAUGAUGUUCCAGCUGAUGCUGAGCAUCCCACUGAAUGACCUCAUGGGAUUCCCAAAAUUGGCACGCGCCUUUGUCACCUUGCUGGACGACUUUACCCAAGAACAGCUUACAGCACUUCCUACGCUUGAGCCGAGCACGUUCCUAUACCUCAUGCAAGCAUGUGAGCUUGCGGUCGAGUCCACCGAAAGCUUUAUCCUGUCGCAUGCCAGUGCGGCAAUCAACAACAUCUGUACAUUUGUAGCUCAGGAGACGGAGAAAAACGAAAUACGCAAAUCGAUCAACAGCGUCGUGGGCAGCGGUGGUGAAGAGUCACCCUCUGCUACUGCUGCUGCUGCUGCUGCCGGUGCCUCUUCUGAACGCCGACGCUCGUCCAACAGUUCAAAGCAAGCACCUGCAACACAUUGGCUGAUGACGUAUUUGGCGCAAUUCCCUAACAUUCUUCCGUCGCUGCUCGUCACGAUCCUCAACCUCGUGUUGUUUGAUGAUACGCAGGACCAAUGGACGUUAUCACGGCCUCUCUAUGUGCUGAUGCUAUUACAAAAGGAGUAUGCGGUUGAAUACACGAGCCAGGUUAUCAGUCAGCAAUUACCGGAACGUCGGGAAUUUGUUGCCAAGGCACUGAAUACCAUGACCGAGGGCAUCGAUUGGACCCUUGCAGUCAAAGAUCGUGAGCGAUUUUCACAAAACGUCUCUGCAUUCCGUCGGGAGUUGAACAUGAGCAACGUUGUGCUGGUGCCAGUUCCCCUGAAUCGAUCCAUGAUCACGAGUCCAACAGCAGCACAAGUGGCAGCAGCAGCACAAGCAGCAGCAAUGGCAGCAGGGAGUUCUGUUAAUGCGCCUGUGAUUGCCUCCUACUGAAAAUAUAUAAGCGUGGGGAGUCUAAACCAAAAAGAAUAAAAAUCCAAAAACAAAAAAAAAAAAAA